CCACAACUCUCUGCCAACACCCCCACAACGCCAGCUCUCUGCCAACACUCCCCCACAGCCACAACUCUCUGCCAACACUCCUCUUCAACGCCAACUCUCUGCCAAUACUCAUCUUCAACGCCAGCUCUCUGCCAACACCUCGGCACAGCAACAACUCUCUGCCAACACUCUUCCACAACGCCAGCUCUCUGCCAACUCUCUUCUACAGCAACAACUCUCUGCCAACACUCCUCUUCAACGCCAGCUCUCUGCCAACUCUCUUCCACAGCAACAACUCUCUGCCAACACCCCCACAACGCCAGCUCUCUGCCAACUCUCUUCCACAGCAACAACUCUCUGCCAACACCCCCACAACGCCAGCUCUCUGCCAACUCUCUUCCACAGCAACAACUCUCUGCCAACACUCCUCUUCAACGCCAGCUCUCUGCCAACACCUCGGCACAGCAACAACUCUCUGCCAACACCCCCCACAACGCCAGCUCUCUGCCAACACUCUUCCACAGCAACAACUCUCUGCCAACACCCCCACAACGCCAGCUCUCUGCCAAAACUCAUCUUCAACGCCAGCUAUCUGCCAACACCUCGGCACAGCAACAACUCUCUGCCAACACUCUUCCACAGCAACAACUCUCUGCCAACACCCCUCUUCAGCGCCAACUCUCUGCCAACACUCUUCCACAGCAACAACUCUCUGCCAACACUCCUCUUCAACGCCAACUCUCUGCCAAUACUCAUCUUCAACGCCAGCUCUCUGCCAACACCUCGGCACAGCAACAACUCUCUGCUAA